GCGAAUCUCGUCUUUGCAUGUGCGCGCGCAGUUUGUUCAAUUCAUCAAAAAUUUACGAACACUCGUAUUCGAAGAUGCAGCGUUCCGUCCAACAAGCAAAUGGGGACAGCGUUCUCGGUUCACCAAGAAAAAAACAACGUUUAUCAAAUGCUUCAGCGAAAGUUACUGUCGUUCUUGGAGCACAAUGGGGCGACGAGGGUAAAGGCAAGGUCGUUGAUAUGCUUGCAAUGGAUGCUGACGUCGUCUGCAGGUGUCAGGGAGGAAGCAAUGCCGGGCAUACUGUUGUAGUAGACGGUGCGGAGUUUCACUUCCAUCUUCUGCCUAGUGGGAUAAUCAACUCUAGGUGUACGUCGCUUAUAGGGAAUGGGGUAGUAAUACAUCUGCCAGGUCUCUUUGAGGAAUUGGAAAGCAAUGAAGCGAAAGGUUUAAAAAACUGGCAAGAACAAUUAGUGAUUUCCGAUCGUGCGCACAUGGUCUUCGAUUUCCACCAACAAGUUGAUGGUCUUCAAGAAUUGGAAAAAGGUACACAGUCUCUUGGCACUACUAAGAAAGGAAUUGGACCAACGUACUCGAGCAAAGCAGCUAGAAAUGGACUUAGAAUUGGCGAUCUUCUUGGAAAUUUUGAUAAGUUCUCGCAAAAAUUUGAAUCGCUGGUGACAUCGUAUCAGAAAAUGUUUCCCGCACUACAAGUUGAUGUAAAAGCUGAGCUUCAACGGUACAAAGAAUAUGCAGAAAGAAUACGACCACUAGUAAAAGAAACUGUUCAGUAUUUACAUCAAGUAUUACGUGAAGGAAAAAAAGUUUUAGUAGAAGGUGCAAACGCUGCAAUGUUGGACAUAGAUUUUGGAACGUAUCCCUAUGUUACCAGCUCUAACUGUAGUAUAGGUGGUGUUUGUACUGGUCUUGGACUUCCACCAUCUUAUAUUGGAGAAGUUAUCGGAGUUGUUAAAGCAUACACCACAAGAGUGGGCGAUGGACCGUUUCCUACUGAACUAUUAGAUGCCACAGGCGAGAUUUUACAAAAGAGAGGUCACGAAGUUGGUGUCACUACCGGUAGAAAAAGACGUUGCGGUUGGUUGGACCUACCCCUCCUCAAAUUCACUGCAAUGGUCAAUGGAUAUACGUCGAUAUGUUUGACAAAGUUAGACAUACUAGAUACUCUUCCAAAAAUUCAAAUUGGCGUGGGAUAUCGGUUAAACGGAAAAGAAGUUGAUUAUUUUCCAAGUAGUACUUCGGAUUUAGCAAAAGUAGAGGUAAUUUAUGAAACUAUCGAUGGUUGGCAGUCUACGACAGAAGGUGUACGAUCAUUAGAAAAAUUGCCAUCUAAUGCUAGGAAAUAUAUACAACUAAUAGAGGAACAUCUGAGUAUACCAGUUAAAUGGAUUGGAGUGGGAGCAGGCCGAGAAAGUGUAAUUACACUCUGACGUUACACUUCUCAGAUACAUGCAUUCAAAUAUGUUUGUCGAUUCAUUCAGUUCGUUGCUCGUUUGGCGAUAUAUUUGAUUUGUUAAAAGAAUUAAUGGAACAAGCGCACAGGGGUACAUGACAAAGAGAAUCAUAGCAUUAAGCUUUUGAAUUUUAGUAGUACUCAAUAAUUGAAGAAUACAAGCCUCGUUUUUUCGAGCUCUUCCUUGCUGGAUAAUUCAUGUGAAUCAUGUUAUCCAUUGUUUGAAUGUAAAAUAAGACACGUUAAUUAAAAUAUAUUUAUUUGAAAA